AUGAGCUGCCAGAGGAAGUGGUGGAGGAGGAAAUAGAAAAUACGCUGAAGUUACUUCAGGACAGAAGAAACAAAUGCGAAGGGUUGAAAACGAAAUCGGACAAGUACAUAGCGAAGUUACAGGGUCUAAAGGACAUCCAAGCAAGACUGGUCCACACUCUACCCACCCCAGUCCUGAUCAUGCACAAGGUGCCUUUUGGAAAGUUUACGGGACCCAUGGAAUAUAAAGUGUGGAAAAAACUGAGGAAACUCGUAGACACAGUGCCGACCACCUUGAGCCUGGACCCGGACAGCGCCCACCCGAGCCUGGAGGUGACAGCGGACGGCAACACGGUGCGCCUUUCGGAGCAGCGUCCCUCGCAGUCAGUGUGCAGCCGCCUGGCCCUGGAGCCAUGCGUGCUGGCGGCACAGGGCUUCAGCGGUGGCUGCCACUACUGGGAGGUGGAGGUGGCUGGCGAGGGCUGGGCACUGGGCGUGGGCAGCCGCACCGCACUGGAGCAGGGCCGCCUGGCCCUGGCGCCCCAGGCCGGCAACUGGCCGCUCACCUUCCGCAGUGGGGCGUACGAGUGCUUCUACCCGCUGCACACGCUGGUGGCCGACAGCAAGCCGCGGCGCCUCGGCGUCUUCCUCAACCUGGAGCGGGGCUACCUGUCCUUCUACAACGCGCGGGACAUGUCGCACAUCUUCACCGUGCCCAGCAAGAGCUCCGAGCGCCUCUACCCCUGCUUCGUGCCGCCCUCGUCCGGGGAAUCCUUGAGCAUCGCCCGCUCUGAGUGCUGGGAGGACCCGGACUCGGACCCGGGCAGGAUGUGAAAGGAAGGAGGAGCAGGUGGAGAGGGGAGCGUGGGGAGCUGCGGACCCACGGUCAUCCCCCUCCGCUGGGGGGAGGGGGGAAGGCCAGCUGCUGCUCACUGGACAUUCUGGAAAAUGGACACUUUUUUUCCCAACCCCUCCCCUCAAAGAUGGGGUAACGUGCACAUCUCUGGAGCAGGAGGCGGGGGCCUGAGACUAGCAUACUCCC